AAGAGGGUCAUUCCUGGGAAAGCGGCUGACACAUUCCUGACGCAGCGGCUGUCCCCGGGUUUUAAGGCAGAGACACAGGCACAGAGCGGGCCGCGCCGUCGGAGGGAGGGGGUCCUCGGGCAGGCCCCGACCACGCCCACCGUGCCCGGGUCUGGCCUCUGGGGUGGGGCCCCUAGCGGGGACUAUAAAGUCCCCGAGAAGCAAGCGACAGCCAGCUUUGGGCUUUGGUUUCUACUUGGGGACACUUCCUCCGAGGCGAGGAAGGAGUGACGAGUGAGGAGCCCGCGGUCCGGGGGGGGGGGGGGGCCCCCAGGCCGGCUGCCGCCUCCCGCUCGCGCACUUUCUUCGCGUCCGGGGAACAACCGGCGCGCAGGCUGGGACUCACGCGGACCUUCUCCGCGUCCCAGGGAACAUCGCGAGCACAGGCUGCACGAGGGACCCCAGGCAGGCGGCGGGUCUGCGAGCGCAGUGCGCGCCCUCGGGGACGCGGGAGCCGGAGCGCCAUGGCCUUCCUGUGGCUGGCCUUGUGUCUCACGCCCGCGUGCUGUCUGCUGCACAGGGACGAAGAUCCCGAGCCGCCGAUUAAGAACCUGCGAAUGCAGCCGGAGACGAGAAGGUUGACCUGGGACCUCAGCGGAAACGUGUCUGAGAUUGGCUGUUUCAUCAACUCGAGGCUGAUCACUAAGGCCGUGGACAAGCCUUACUGCCAGUUCCGCGUACUUCCCUCGUGUCAGGUGACGAAUUUCACGGUCGCCUCCACCGGAGACCCACCGUUCUCCGCAGGGAUCCUGUACCCCAGGCCAGAGGGCCACCCUGAGGCGGCCGCGCAGCGUCUGGGCUGCUGGGUGCACGACGUGGACUUCCUGACGUGCAGCUGGGAGGCGGGCCGCGCGGCCCCCGGUGACGUCCAGUAUCGCCUGUACUGGCAGGACCUCAAGACCUACGAGGAGGAGGAGUGUCCCCGGUACGGGGUGGACGAUCGGGGGACACACAUCCGGUGUCAUUUCGACGACGUGUCCCGGCUCAGGGAACACGUCCAGUUCCUGGUGAAGGGCACCAGCAAGGGCGCGAGGAUCCCCUGCUCCGACCUCACUGUGGAACUGGCAAGAAUCGAGAGAUUAAGUCUGCCCAACAUCACCGGAAUGUGUAAUAAAUCGUAUUCAAUCAUGGAAUGGAAAAUGUCAAGCCACUUUAAUCACAGAUUUACAUACGAACUUGAAAUACAAAAGGGCUCAGAUCCCGCCUACACCGAGAAGGCGCCCGGCAGCUACUUCGUGCUCCGCAAUCCCGGAAACUACGCGGUGAGGCUGAGGGCGCACGCGCGCUUCCGCCAAACCUGGAGCGAGUGGAGCGCCGUCCGGCGCUUUGGACUGGGGUCCUUUCAAGAAGAGAAGUUGAGGACACAGACACGAGAGGGACGGCCAGAGUGCGACCUCGGGAAGGACACGCACUUCCGAGACUGGCUGACCUCCGCUCUGAUCCCGCUGGGCGCGCUGCUGGCCCUGGGGCUGGGGGUCGCGCUGUGCCGAAGGUACUCGGUGCUGCAGAAGCUCUUCCCCCCGAUCCCGCACCUGAAGGACCCCAUCAGUGACAACCUGCACAGCAGCAAGUUGGUGGCCUGGGAGGCCAGCAGAGCAAGCCGGGAGGACUGCCAGGUGGCGGAGGUGCAGGUUCUGGGAGAAACGUGACGCUGGGGCGCAGACCUCGUCUUCGACGCGGCGGGGGCCUGGACGGCCUGCUUGGUGUUGGACCAGGGGACCGGGGA